GCCCUCUCUAAUGAAGACUGGCCCGAUGGGGAGCCGACGGAGGCAGAGAAGGACUUCUGGGAACUCGCCUCGCUCGAGUGCUACGAUCACCUGACGCAGUGGAAGUCCCUGGAGCACUGCGCGACGCUGAACAUCGACAGCGGGGAACCUCCGGACCUCAACAAAAUCUGGAAUGAUCCCUUCUACCAGGAGACAUAUCUGCCAUAUAUAAUCCGCAGUAAGUUGAAGCUGCUGCUCAAUGGGGAGAAUGACCAGACUUUGCUGACUUUUAUUGACGAGGCAAUGAAGUCGGAAGAGAAGAAAGCUCUGAUAGAAAUGCGUUACAGCCAGGAGCUUAGUCUCCUUUACAUCCUGCAAGAUGAUUUUGACAGAGCCAAAUACUACAUAAGCAAUGGCUUGCAGAUCUUCAUGCAGAGCUAUUCCAGUAUUGAUACUUUGUUACAUCAAAGUCGAAUGACCAAACUGCAGUCUGUGCAAACUUUGACAGAAAUACAGGAUUUCAUCAAUUUUAUGGGCAAAACAAGUAAAGACAUUUUUUUCCUCAUUUUUUUUCUG